AUGCACCGGGUGCUAAUCGCCCGCUCGCCCGCCGCCGUUCAGUCGCAGUACUCACAGUUCACGGGACACUGCGCGCCGCGGGCCCGGCGCCCCCCACCUCCCCCAGAGUCAUUCCCGCAGCGGGCGGAGGUUCCCGGGCUUGGGUCUCCGCUCUGUCGGAUGGGGUCGCCACUCACUCCAGACCCAGAUUCUGCUCCGGCUGCCCAAGAAAACGGGAGUCGCUUCCUGCACGAGGUGCCGGGGCCAGCAACAAUCCAGUCUCAACUCCGACUCUCCUCUGGCAGCGAGGAAACCAGUCAACAAAUAGAGAAUGAAAAAUCCCCGGCAGGUCGCUUCAGGCACCCUGCAUCACGAAGCCGCCUCCUGAAACCGCAGCAGCCGUUCGCCCGCGGAGGCGAAGGCUGGGCUGUGCGCCCCGCGCGGUGCCCAAGUUUGGGUUCGCAGCCGCAGAGUCCGUGCCUUUCCUCACCUGCAUUCGGCCCGCAUGUCGGAGCACUGGGAUCUGCAGCGCUGUGCGCGAUUCGGGGAGGAGAUUGCAGCCUCUCUCCCCGCUCCCUCUCGAUCCCACCCCUCGCUCCCUCCCUCUCUCCUCCCUCUUCCUCCUCCUCUCUCCUCCCUCCUCUCCUUCCCCCUUUCCCCUUCUCCCACUCUCCAACACGCUCCCUCUCCUUCCUCCCAGUCCCAAUACAGGCAACUCGAGCUGAACUUGAUCCCUUUGCAGUUCAAAGUUUGCCAAGGGGAGAAAAAGUGCCAGUUGGUUGUUGCCUCGGAAGUGCCCUGACACGGCGGGUGAAUUCCGCAGUUGUCUCGUCCCCUUUCGCGUCUGGGAGAGUCUGGGUGCGGGCGCUCCCGCCGCCCCUCGGGCUGCCGCGGCUCAAAGACACUGAAUGGCAAGUGGGAAGCUCCCGCUCGCUAGCCGGGAGCCGGAAACCCGCAAGUUUGCCCAAAGUGGCGGUUGCUGCUGGAAGCCCGCUGGCUCGCUCUCGGCUCAAGCUUGGCUCUGACGCUGCUGAUGCAGCGGCGGCGGCCGACGCCGAGCCGCCGAAACUACACACUAGCAGAGAGGGAGGGAGGAGUGCCGUGGGGAGGGAGACAGGAGGGAGCAGUAGCCAGCCGCCCCGCUCCGGAAAGCUCAGUUUCAGCUCUGGGGGCCACUUCAAUCGUGCAUAAUCCCAGCCAGUCUUCUUCAGCCAAACCCUGCCCUCCUCCCCAGCGAGUGCAGCCUCUGUCUUCUUGAGGGGGCGGGGGGAAUUGCUUUCCCUCCCUGGGGCUGGUAAAUUUCCUCCUCGCUUUGACUAAUGCACAGUGCAUGUGUGAGUGCUCCGGUGCGGGUGUCAGGAAACGUUUCCCCUUCUCUCCUUCUCAGACGCUGCUCCCCCCGCCCUCCCCGUGUCUCCAGUUCAAGAUUUAUUAUCUUAGGACACUGCUAACGGUGGCUUGGGGGACCCCGCGUGCACCCAGGGAGCCACGCUGGUGUUCUGAGAAACCAUUGUGGGUUGCAGUGGUUAAGAGAACAUCAAACUCCAGAGAGAGCGGGAGAGGGUUCCUUUUUUUUGGCAGCGCAGACGUCGGAGGGCUGGGGGCGGGGGUGGGGGUGCCUGUCUUUGUUUAAAUGCUUGGCAUUCCUGUCAUCGCGCUUGCUUAUGGGGGUAGACCGUGAGUGCGCGCGCGCCUGGGGAAUAAACACAUGUUGGAAGCCUAGAUAUUAUUUCUGAGGAUAAACCUGCAGCCUUUAGUAACUGGCAAAGUGUAGCGUCACCUAUCUGAAUAAAAGGGAAAUAAACUUUAAUGGCAACUU